UCGGGCCCUCUUGGGGUCUCCCAAAGACCCAGGCCGCGGAACUGGCAGGCGUUUCAGAGCGUCAGAGGCUGCGGAUGAGCAGACUUGGAGGACUGCAGGCCAGAGACAGGGGUUCUCUAGGCUGGGGCGAAGAGUCGAGCGUGAACGGGGCUGCGGGCCAGGGUGUGACAGGAGGCGUGCUUGCGAGAAAGAAGUUGACGGGAAGGCCCGUGCGACGGCAAAUCUCGUGAACCUUGGGGGACAAACGCUCAGGAUGCGGGUCCCCUCCCUCCUCGUCCUCCUCUUCUGCUUCAGAGGAAGCGCAGGCCCGUCGCCCCAUUUCCUGCAACAGCCAGAGGACCUGGUGGUGCUGCUGGGGGAGGAAGCCCGGCUGCCGUGUGCUCUGGGCUCCUACUGGGGGCUAGUUCAGUGGACUAAGAGUGGGCUGGCCCUAGGGGGCCAAAGGGACCUGCCAGGGUGGUCCCGGUACUGGAUAUCAGGGAACGCAGCCAAUGGCCAGCAUGACCUCCACAUUAGGCCUGUGGAGCUAGAGGAUGAAGCAUCAUAUGAAUGUCAGGCUACACAAGCAGGCCUCCGCUCCAGACCAGCCCAACUGCAUGUACUGGUCCCCCCAGAAGCCCCCCAGGUGCUGGGCGGCCCCUCUGUGUCUCUGGUUGCUGGAGUUCCUGCGAACCUGACAUGUCGGAGCCAUGGGGAUGCCCGCCCUACCCCUGAAUUGCUGUGGUUCCGAGAUGGGGUCCGGUUGGAUGGAACCACCUUCCAUCAGACCCUGCUGAAGGAAGGGACCCCGGGGUCAGUGGAGAGCACCUUAACCCUGACCCCUUUCAGCCAUGAUGAUGGAGCCACCUUGGUUUGCCGGGCCCGGAGCCAGGCCCUGCCCGCAGGAAGGGACACGGCUAUCACACUGAGCCUGCAGUACCCCCCAGAGGUGACUCUGUCUGCUUCGCCACACACUGUGCAGGAGGGAGAGAAGGUCAUUUUCCUGUGCCAGGCCACAGCCCAGCCUCCUGUCACAGGCUACAGGUGGGCAAAAGGGGGCUCCCCGGUGCUCGGGGCCCGCGGGCCAAGGUUGGAGGUCGUGGCAGACGCCUCGUUCCUGACUGAGCCCGUGUCCUGCGAGGUCAGCAACGCCGUGGGUAGCGCCAACCGCAGUACGGCGCUGGAUGUGCUGUUUGGGCCGAUUCUGCAGGCAAAGCCGGAGCCCGUGUCCGUGGACUUGGGGGAAGACGCCUCUUUCAGCUGCGCCUGGCGCGGGAACCCUCUUCCACGGGUAACCUGGACCCGCCGCGGUGGCGCGCAGGUGCUGGGCUCUGGAGCCACACUGCGCCUUCCAUCGGUGGAGCCCGAGGACGCAGGCGACUAUGUGUGCAGGGCUGAGCCUGGGCUAUCGGGCCUGGGGGGCGGCGCCGCGGAGGCUCGGCUGACUGUGAACGGUGAGAAGGCGGGGUUUGCUAGGGGACUUGGCUCGUCCCGGGAUAGGGAGCGGACAGAGGCGGCAAGGGCUAAUGCAGUGGGAGUGGCCUGGAAGGAGCUUUACACCCAGCGGGGGCUGGAGACCGGACCUAUUGAAGGCGACGCUUUUAGGAGAAUCGGAGUUUGGAGGCGGCGUGGCCUGAUUGAUCGAGCUCCCCCAGUAGUGACCGCCCUGCACUCUGCGCCUGCCUUCCUGAGGGGCCCUGCUCGCCUCCAGUGUCUGGUUUUCGCCUCUCCCGCCCCAGAUGCCGUGGUCUGGUCUUGGGAUGAGGGCUUCCUGGAGGCGGGGUCGCAGGGCCGGUUCCUGGUGGAGACAUUCCCUGCCCCGGAGAGCCGCGGGGGACUGGGUCCGGGCCUGAUCUCUGUGCUACACAUUUCGGGGACCCAGGAGUCUGACUUUAGCAGGAGCUUUAACUGCAGUGCCCGGAACCGGCUGGGCGAGGGAGGUGCCCGGGCCAGCCUGGGCCGUAGAGACUUGCUGCCCACUGUGCGGAUAGUGGCCGGAGUGGCCGCUGCCACCACGACUCUCCUUAUGGUCAUCACUGGGGUGGCCCUCUGCUGCUGGCGCCACGGCAAAGCCUCAGCCUCUUUCUCCGAACAAAAGAACCCGAUGCGAAUCCCCCGCAGCAGCGACGGCUCCAGUUCGCGAGGUCCUGAAGAAGAGGAGACAGGCAGCCGCGAGGACCGGGGCCCCAUUGUGCACACUGACCACAGUGAUCUGGUUCUGGAGGAGGAAGGGACUCUGGAGACCAAGGACCCAACCAACGGUUACUACAAGGUCCGAGGAGUCAGUGUGAGCCUGAGCCUUGGCGAAGCCCCUGGAGGAGGCCUCUUCCUGCCACCACCCUCCCCCCUUGGGCCCCCAGGGACCCCUACCUUCUAUGACUUCAACCCACACCUGGGCAUGGUCUCCCCCGGCAGACUUUACAGAGCCAGGGCAGGCUAUCUCACCACACCCCACCCUCGAGCUUUCACCAGCUAUAUCAAACCCACAUCCUUUGGGCCCCCAGAUCUGGCCCCCGGGACUCCCCCCUUCCCAUAUGCUGCCUUCCCCAUACCUAGCCACCCACGUCUCCAGACUCAUGUGUGACAUCUCUCCAAUGGAAGAGUCCUGGGAUCUCCAACUUGCCAUAAUGGAUUGUUCUGAUUUCUGAGGAGCCAGGACAAGCUGGCGACCUUACUCCUCCAAAACUGAACACUAGGGGAGGGAAAGAUCAUUACGUUUGUCAGGAGCAUUUGUAUACAGUCAGCUCAGCCAAAGGAGAUGCCCCAAGUGGGAGCAACAUGGCCACCCAAUAUGCCCACCUAUUCCCCAGUGUAAAAGAGAUUCAAGAUGGCAGGUAGGCUCUUUGAGGAGAGAUGGGGACAGGGCAGUGGGUGUUGGGAGUUUGGGGCCAGGAUGGAAGUUGUUUCUAGCCACUGAAAGAAGAUAUUUCAAGAUGACCAUCUGCAUUGAGAAGAAAGGUAGCAUAGGAUAGAUGGAGAUGAAGAGCAUACCAGGCCCCAACCUGGCUCUCCCUUAGGGGAACUUUGCUCGGCCAAUGGAAAUGCAGCCAAGAUGGCCAUAUACUCCCUAGGAACCCAAGAUGGCCACCAUCUUGAUUUCACUUUCCUUAAAGACUCAGAAAGACUUGGACCCAAGGAGUGGGGAUACGGUGAGAAUUACCACUGUCGGGGCAAAGGGGAAUCUUGGGAUAAAAAUAUUUAUGUUUAAUAAUAAAAAAAGUCAAAGAGGCAA